GCGGGCUCUCCAUUCCCUUCAACACGCAGCACGGCAGGAGCCUCAGCUUUGACAGCAGCAGCCUGUGUGUGUUACAGAGAGUGGAAGAGAAUGGCCAGAACCAAGCAGACAGCGCGCAAAUCCACCGGAGGGAAUGUUCCCCGCAAGCAGCUGGCGACCAAAGCGGCCCGCAAGAGCGCUCCGGCCACGGGCGGAGUGAAGAAACCCCAUCGCUACAGGCCCGGCACGGUGGCUCUGCGGGAGAUCCGCCGCUACCAGAAAUCCACCGAGCUGCUGAUCCGCAAACGUGCUUUCCAGCGCCUGGUGCGAGAGAUCGCUCAGGACUUCAAGAACGACCUGCGCAGGGCCCGAGUAAAACAUUAAUAGGGAGUCAGUUGAACAAUAAAGUUAGUAAACAAUAAAGCACCAGUCAAGCGAUUGCAGACGUUGGAACAUGGCUUUGAAUGAUAUUAAAAGGGACAGGCGUCACGUCAGUAAUACAUUUCAGGGGAUCUCGUUGAAGACACAGAUCGCACAAGCGGCAGUGAUUAGAAUAUACGCCGCUGUGAAUGUUAUAUAACUUUCACAUGCUUCAUUAUAGUAGCGCAGUAUUAAUUCCGGGAUUAAAUUCCCUCUGUGCCCCUUGGUGUUCCCACCAGCUGUAACUAUAUGAUCAUUGCUGAGAAAGCAGGCGGGAAAACAUGGCGCCAAAUCAUCAACCGUUUUCUUUCAAAUUUGAAAAUCCUGCCAAAAUGUAGAUUCGAGAAGGAAGCAUUCGUAUUUAGUCAUUAAUUUGCAAUUUUUUUUCCAGUAAUGAGUCUAGAAGCUAUUUGAAAGAUUCGAGAUUGUCUUCGGAGGGAAUGAAUAACAUCAUUCAGCCCUGUGAGGAUUUCACGAAAGUUCUUCGGCGCAAUGCGCAUUAAUAACGAACACCGCCUUUAGAUAUUAUUUUAAUACCGUGCCCCC